AUGUCAUCGCACCCAUACAUCGACGAGUUUCUGUUCGAUCGAGAUGUCUUGACGCCCAGCUUACAUACCACUGAUCAAUUCGAAACCGAGUCUCACUCAGACAUGCGACCUGAGGUGUUCGACGAAUACUGGCUUACAGCGUCUUCGGAACCGUGUGACGAGACGGUAGAUCAUGGAGCGAUAUCAGGACACAUCGCAACGACUACCAGUUUGCUUAACGACUGCCUAAUGAAUCUGGAAAACGAUGAGAACUCUGCAUCGUCACAUUUCCGGUCGCAUCAAACUGUCGCCUGGGGAGAAGAUACCCUUGAAGACUCUGCUGUAUGGCUCGGCGAUGCCAUUGCGGACGCCAACAACGGACCGAGACCAAUCAGCAAACCCUUCGGCGGCUUAGAGUCGAAGAGAGAUGCGCCUGACGGAUACGCGCUCAUCCCGAAUGUUCAAUAUGGCCAGGAAAUGGAAGAGAAUUGGAACGUGGAGCCGGCUAUGCCAGAGUACCCGGAUCUGAUUCGCAAGGCCACAUACUCCGGGUCCAGGCACACUACGGUAGGUCGUGAUGUAAGCCACCCGGAGUUCCGGAAGAGCAUAACUCCUACUAUUCACGUUGGCGACAUCCCGUUUCGAGUCGAGAUCAAGAGAGUGUACAUCUGCACCCAUACCGGCUGCGACAAGAAGUACUCACGCAUGCCCGACCUCCGACGCCACUACCGAGGAUCCCAUCUGGACGACCGUCGAUUCCUAUGCCGCGCCCUGGGCUGCGAACGGGCGAUUCAUGGUUUUCCGCGAAGGGACAAGAGGGAUGUGCAUGAGAAGAAGAUGCACAUCGAUAUUGGGAACGGUGUCUUGUUGUGA